AUGUCUCCUGAUCCCCUGUCGGCCAAUUGGUCCUACGACAGCGCCAUCGACCUCUUCUCCCUCAACACCAUGGUCCCCGAGUCCUUCCCCAUGGACAUCCCCAACGACAUGCUCUGGGACGCAAAAGACCUGCCCGCCGACUUCUUCGCUGCCCCGGCCGACAUCAACGGCUUCACUGUCUCCCACGACGAGUCGCUUUCUUCUGACCAAGAAAGCGACGACCAAGCCUUCUCCCCAACAAACUUCAUGGCCUCGACGCCCCCCUCCGCCUCAACCCUCGACCUCCCCUCCCCAAUGGCCAUGGCCAUGAACACAAACAUGAACAUGCCCAUCAAGCUCGAGCCGCAAAGCCAACACACCGUCAACCCCAUCCACACCCAACCCAAACGCAAGGCCUCCAUGAUCUCCACCUCCUCCUCGCAGUCCCGCUACUCCUCGUCCCCGGACCUCCCCCCACAAGACCCCUCGCCCCAGCCGCAACCAACCCGCAAAUCGCGCUCUUCAAAUUCAAACGCCAACGCCAACGGCGACGAGAGCACCGCGCGCGGCCGCAACGCCGCGAAACGCGCCGCCCACAACAUCAUCGAGAAGCGCUACCGCACCAACAUGAACGCGAAGUUCGUCGCGCUGGAGAAGGCCAUGGCCGUCAAGACAAGCGGGGUGUCCAAGUCUGUUUCCGCGUCGAAUUCAAGUCACGGCGUCAAGUCGAGUGCCUCGCUCAAGAAAUCCGAGAUCCUGAGUAAUGCGAUCGCGUACAUGCAGGAGCUGCAGGAGGUCAAUGAACGGUUGAGGAAGGAGCUGAGCGCUGUGAAUCGCGAGCGGAGGGCUGCGGCGUAUUGCUAG